AGACACAGCGACGCGAGACGCGACGACGAAGCCCAGACAUAUCUCGAGCAUCAUGAUAACAAUACACACAACAGUCACUGAUGGGCUUCCUUGCUAGCCCAUCACCAUCCGACAAAGUCUGCAACGUCCCGCAUCGACGAGCCCUCGGGCUGAACAGCAUCACCUCUCACGCGAAUCACUUCACAGAUAUUCCGGCAUGCUACCAUCGGUGCCACAACACACUUACAGAUCACCAGACAGCCUCGUCCACUGUCGCCCCACGUGUUGAGGGAGUGGUGACCCUUCGACACACCCGACAAGGUCUGAGGAGAUUCGCGCGAGAGCUCUCAUGCUCAGUAAGCUCGACGACUCGCACGAGUGGAGCAUCGCUCUUGUUAAGCCGCGUUGCGACGAAAUGCUGCUGCCGAUGCGCCCGGUGGCAGGUCACGCCACAGAACACAGCCGCAUAGGAACCUAGUGGACGGCAUCACAACACUUAA